GAACAAAAAAAUUUUAGUUUACGCAAGAUGGCCGAACUUGACAAGUGGAUUGAAAUUGUUAAGGAUUGUAAAUAUCUUCCUGAAAAUGAUUUAAAGCAGCUCUGUAAUAUAGUUUGUGAAAUUUUAUUAGAAGAAUCCAAUAUACAACCUGUCAGCACUCCAGUCACUGUUUGUGGUGAUAUCCAUGGCCAAUUCUACGAUUUGGAAGAACUCUUUCGAACUGGUGGUCAGGUGCCUGAUACAAACUAUGUUUUCAUGGGAGAUUUUGUCGAUCGUGGCUAUUAUAGUUUGGAAACCCUAACUAGAUUGCUUACACUCAAGGCACGGUAUCCAGAUCGGAUCACACUUUUGCGUGGAAACCAUGAAUCGCGGCAAAUAACUAGAGUUUAUGGUUUCUAUGAUGAGUGUUUUAGCAAGUAUGGCAAUGCAAAUGCAUGGAAGUAUUGCUGCAAAGUCUUUGAUCUCUUGACUAUUGCUGCUCUCAUAGACGAAAAUAUUCUUUGUGUUCAUGGAGGCCUUAGUCCUGAAAUAAUCACUCUCGACCAAAUAAGGACAAUUGAUCGUAACGAAGAGAUUCCAUAUAAAGGGGCAUUUUGUGAUUUAGUUUGGUCUGAUCCAGAAGACAUGGACUUUUGGGAUCAAAGCCCACGUGGCGCUGGCUGGCUGUUUGGUUCAUUAGUCACCAAAGACUUUAUGAACAUUAAUAACUUAGAUUUGAUUUGUCGAGCUCAUCAACUGGUUCACGAAGGAAUAAAAUACAUGUUUGACGAAAAAUUAGUGACUGUUUGGUCGGCGCCUAACUACUGUUACCGGUGCGGCAAUGUAGCAUCGAUUUUACGUUUUGAAACAUCCAAACAACGCCAAGCUAGUAUUUUUAAUGCAGUGCCAGAGACAGACCGGGUUAUACCACAACAAAACACAACACCAUAUUUCCUUUAAGUUUGUUUUUUUUAGUAGUUCUUUGCAGUUUCAAAGUUAAAGCGAGAAUGGAAAUUUAAGGUGUAAUUAAUCUUAUGUGCUCUUUUAUUGUUUAAAGCUUGAUGAAAUACACAAAUAUAAUUUGUUAUAUUUUUUACUCCUUUAUAUAUAUUUCUAUUGUUUUUAAAAAUUGAAAUAAAGUCCUUGGCACGAGGAACUUGAUGUA